AUGACGUACGACGCACCUUGCAACGUCACGACAACAUUUGCUCCUGGCGUCAUCAGCCUCUUCAAGUUCGUUAUUCGAGAAGCGCUCAUCACCAAAGACAAAACCGUCAACGGAUCUCCCGACAACCUGAAGAAGAUGUGCGGUGCAGAAGGCGGGGUUCCGCUCAUCAUCAACACCAAGCAACUGCUUCGAGAAGCUAGGCAGCUCGUCGCUGACCAUGGAAUAUGGCUCAUGUGGGGUGCAAGUUGGGCCAUGGCCUGGCUGAGCGCUCACCGCACUCCUAACAACGGCCUUUACCACUGGCCCGACAACUCCCCGGUGAUUGGCUGCGUCUUCACUGCAAACGACUUCUUCUCUGCUUCAUUCUCCGGUGAAAUGGGAGCAUCCGUGCUCGGCGACGAUGGAAAAAUUGGCACGUUAUCAGAACAACCGCUCUUCAUUAAGGCUCUGCCCGUACU